AAGUUAGUGCUGGAUUGUUUUUUGGUGAUGCGGAAGAGAAAAUUCGCUGGAAAAGUAAGUGUGAAAUUUUUGGGGGGGUAAUUUCGUUGAGUCACAAAUUACAGUCCAGACAAAGACGAAUGAUGAUAAUCUGAAGUCUGCUGGGAGUGGCACUCUGUUUGGCAAGCACUGAGAAAAGAUAUCUAGCAGCGAGGACAGGAGAGAGUGGCAUUGUAGCAGAGUGUAAGCUUCAUUUCGGACCUUAGUUUUCGCCUCCUGGUCCCUCAUGGCGUAUGCAGCAUACUGGAGCAGUAUUCAUGGAAAAACAGACACUUGCCCAGUUGACGUCCAGCAUAGUACAAAGUCUUCAGCCUUGUAUCCCAAUGCAGGGUCCAACUAUAGCAAGUCGCAGUCCAGCCAGACACCACCCAACCCGGCAGCUCAGGUCUCUACUGUGAAGCCUGCACAGCCAGAGUCGGCAUCAUCGGCAUCCCAGAUGGCUACAAAGCCUGGAGUGGUUACCACGACAGCAGGAGGAAGCACUACGGUUGGUGCAGCGGGGAAAGGGACACCUAAAGGAAAACCAGAGACUGCACCUAGCUCCCAAGACAAAGUCACACCUACGGUUCCUCCCGCCACUGGCACCACAGCAGCCGCUUCUGUGACCACACCUAAAGAGUCACCUAAGGACACGGCUAAGAGCACCGCUGCUUCCACAGCAGUCAGAGCUGACGCUCCUAAAGUUGAUCCUGCUAAAACAUCAAAGCCGGCUGCAGUGGGCGCGGCUGCAGCCGGAAAGGUGUCUGUGGAAGGAAAGAAGGAUGAAGUGAAACCAACACAAACAAAGGUCCAGGCAACGGUUCCCUCCACAGCAGCUAAAGGAGCCAAAGAGGGACCUGCUGUGGAUGCAAUUGAUGAGCUGGCUGGCAUACUACCAUCAACUGAUCCUGUUCGCCCACAGCCUGUAUAUACCGGGCCAGAGGUCAGAGAGCGUGACAUCACCCAUGAGAAGGCUCAGAAGUGUGGAGAAAGGGACGACACGCUGCCUCCAGGCUACAGAUUUGAAAAUAUGGGUCCGGCUCCUGCGGAUGCUAAACCUGCGGCUGUCCCUAAGCCAAUAAGCACAGAGGACGCCCUGGAUUCCCUUUCAGCUGGUUUCACAUCAGCUGGACCUGAUAAGCAGAAGGAGCAUGUUGAGAGUAUCAGCGCCUCUUCUGCUGCGCAUGCUAACUUUGCACCACCUCCUGUAAAGAAAGCUGAAACUCCUGCAGCAGUUCCUAUGGCGGCUCCUCCAGCUGAUAAAAAAGCUAAGGUGGAGAAAGUCUCAGAUGAUUUCUCACUGGAUGCUGGACUCCCUGCUUCCUCCACGAAAGCAGGUUCUCCUGUGGCUGCUCCUCCUGCUGAUAACAAAGCAAAGAUGGAUAAAACCACUCCCGAUGUUUCUCACAAGGCUGGACUGGAAACCAAAGCAGGCGCCAAGCCCAAGACUGAAGCGGGUGACUCUAUGUCUCUGGAUGCUCUCAGUGCUCUAGGCGACACAUUGCCAGCAGAUGUACCAAAACCUGAAUCCCCCAAACUCAAACCCAAGGACAUUGUCUCGGAGGGCAAAGUCAAGAAGGAGAAGGUGCGUGUAGGAGAGAGGGACGACACACUUCCUCCAGAAUACAGGUUUAAAGAGGAAGACUCAAAAAAACUGCCUCCUCCAGAACCCGAGCCCAAGAUGGACACUGAUGAUGCGCUGGAUAUUUUGUCUGGGGACUUCAGUACGUCCUCAGCACCUCCUGUCCAGGCUCCUGUUGUCUGUGCCUCAGCUGCUGCUGCACAGAAAUCUCCUGCUCCUCCUGCUGAUAAGAAAGCCAAAGUGGCACAAGCAUCUGAUUUAUCUCUGGAGGCUGGACUCUCAGCUACUACUGCUAAGAAAGUGGAAUCUGCUGCAGUUCCUCCUGUGGCCGGGCCCCCUGCUCCUUCUGCUGAGAAGAAAGCUGAAGUGCACAAACCUGCUGGGAAGGACACCAAACCAAAGAUCAGCCAGGGUGACUCUAUGUCUCUGGAUGCUCUCAGUGCUCUAGGCGACACAUUGCCAGCAGAUGUACCAAAACCUGAAUCCCCCAAACUCAAACCCAAGGACAUUGUCUCGGAGGGCAAAGUCAAGAAGGAGAAGGGUGUGCGUGUCGGAGAGAGGGACGACACACUUCCUCCAGAAUACAGGUUUAAAGACGAAGUCAAAAAACUGCCUCCUCCAGAACCCGAGCCCAAGAUGGACACUGAUGAUGCGCUGGAUAUUUUGUCUGGGGACUUUAGUACCUCCUCAGAAGCACCUCCUGUCCAGGCUCCUCUAGUCUGCUCCUCAGCUCCUCCUGUACAGGCAAAAGUAGAGGACUUGUCAGCUCUUGAUGUACUCUCUAGAGAUGUUGUGGCUUCAUCUCAGGCUUCUGGAGUUCAGGCAUCUGUUCCUCCUCCAUCCAAGAAACCACCAGAGAAAGCCGUUUGUCCCCGGAACACCCAAAAGCAAACUGAAGUAAAGCCACAACAGACGAAACCUAAGAUUGAGAAGGGUGACUCCAUGAAUCUGGAUGCUCUCAGUGCUCUCGGUGAUACUCUGCCAGCAGACGUACCCAAACCUGAGUCUCCAAAACUCAGACCUGAGGAUAUUGUCUCGGAGGGCAAAGUCAAAGAGGAGAAGGGUGUGCGUGUAGGAGAGAGGGAUGAUGCACUUCCUCCAGAGUACAGAUUUAAGAGGAAGACCCAAAAAAACUGCCCUGCUUCAAAACCUGAGGUGAGACCAGGACACAUUUUUUUUCCAUCUAUCCAUCAUUAUAAAAACACUGAUAGGUGGCACUCUUUGUUCUGCAGAUAUACUUUUAAGUGUAUUUUUCAGUCAGUUUUUAUAUACACUUUUACUGGAGUAAUGUUUUGAAAGUAGUACUUUAAAAAAAAACCUAUAUAAGUACUGUGUAAGUAAGCAGUUUAAUCUUCCAAUGUUGCAGAGUACUUGGUUUCUUCUGUCAGUGCUGCUGGGGCGUUUAAUGUGACAAGUAUAAAUUCACACCUGCUUUGAGCUCGAUUCCAAUGCCGAACAGGCGUAAUUAAAUAUAUAAUGUUAUAGUGAAUCUAAUAGUUACUGUAAUGUGCAAGGAGUAAUUACGAAUGUGUAGGGCACGAUUUGUUGCUUUCUGUUUAAUCUAACCUUCAUCAAAUGAGUGUUGUUUUUUUUGUUGUUUUUUUUAAAGAAAAAUGAAAAGCACCCCAAGGAGAAGACUAUGGAUGACAAAACAGCCUUGGAAAUGUUGUCAGUGACUUCUCUGCUGCUCCCCAGCCCGCUGCACCGGUCACCUCAUCUGCAGCCACAACAAAGCUGGAAACUCCUGCGCUGGACUCGAAGCCUCUGAAGAAACACCACAGAGAGGAGCCAUCUGCCACUGAGCAAGUAGCAGCUAAGCAGAGCUCGGAUGUUGUGCCGACAUCUACAAAGAAGGGUGCCAAAAGCUAGGUCACACGGUUGUCGCUUUAAGUUGGUCCCCCGGGCCAUGUGGACGCAUCAGUGAGGGAGCUGCUCUCUGGACAAUGAAUCUAUUUUUUGUAAAUUGUUAAGAAUGUAUAUGGAUGAAAGACAAACCUAAACAUACCCAUAACACUUCCACAACGCGCACACACACACACGCGCACACACACUUUUGUGUGCUUUACAGUUCAAUGAUGAGAUGUUUUUUGGACAAAAUGAAAGAGACUUUUUAAAAACAGGAUGGGUGUAAAGGAUGGUGCGGGUGAACAGAAAGAAGCGAAUCAGUGGGAACACGUUUUUACUAAUAUUACAACACUGGCUAUCCAACAGUGGUGGUGUUGUGGCAUUAGUUGGAGCAGUGGUGACUGUCAGCUUGUGUGAGAACAGAAUGGAUUACGUGUGUUUGUGCAGUCUUGAUGUACACACACACACAAAACCCAAGUUUUUUUAUUAUGUUGUGAUCAGACACCAAUAAAUAAGACACUAGUGUACAGCUUAGUUUGCUUAUAUUUUGGACAACACAUAGUUUACAUUAUUGAAUAUGUGCAGAAUUUCUAAGAGGUGUUCUGAUGAAUUCUGCAUUGAGAGCUUUUUUGCAAAUGCGUCUUCCUUUAAGUAAAAAAAUAUGUCAAGUCGAUCUUUUUGUAUGUAUUCGGCCUUAACAAAAGAGACUGGCCUUCAAAAGUGCACUUAUUGAACCGCGGGGGUUUACAGGCUUUGUACGCCGCCAUUGUUUGUCAACUGUAAAGAGUUCUGCUCUCUGCAACACAACACUGUAAGAUUUACAAAGGGCUACUGUUUGCAACUGUAAGCCAAAUAUGAGAUCUAUAAACAGAAAUGCUGACUAAAUUUAAAACAAUAAUCCAAAAAUGAAUCUAGUAGUCUCUUCUGUUACUGUGCCUUAAAAGAGAAACAAAAGCUAACAUGAACUCCCUGAAUGUGCUGGAGAAUAACUGAAUGUUGUAGGAAAAAUGAACAAACACUGUGUUUGUAAAGGUGCAAAAGAAAUGUGUAUGUAUUAAACUGCGUGGGAAGAGAAUCUAUGAAAGCAUUUUCAUCUACUCAUAACUUGUGGUUUUUUUCGCUCUGCAUACAGUUGUAGCGGCCCACUUCCUUUAGACUCACGGGGGGCUUAAAAACAAAUGUCUUUUGCUCAAAUAUUCUACUGUUGUGCCAAGACCCUGAAUGACUGACAGGGAUACAAUGAAUGGAUUUGAUGUGUGGAAAAAAAUUUUAAAAACUAAUAAAGUCAAAUACAGUUCACUGCAGAA